AUGGCAUCGAAGGUCAAGUUCGGUCUUACCCUGUCCAAUAGAGGGAUUCUUCUUGGGUUGGUCCAAGCGGAAGACAUUCUGGAGAUGGCGGAAAGCGCCGAUGCCUCCGGCGCCUUCGAGCACGUAUGGGUAGGCGACUCGAUAAUGGCCAAGCCUCGCAUGGAGUCGAUAACCACAAUGGCGGCCAUUGCCGGGCGCACCAGGAAUGUGCAAAUCGGCGUAGCCUGCAUGGCCAGCUUCCCGUCCCGCGACCCGAUAGUCCUGGCCUACCAGUGGGCGAGCCUGGACGUGAUCUCCAACGGCCGUAUGGUCCUGGCAGCGUGCAUGGGCGGCAGCAUUGACCAGCAGGAGCACCGCACCGAGUACCGGAACAUGAGGAUCAAGGCUUCCGAUCGGGCGCAUCGCAUGGAGGAAAACAUAGUCCUGUUGCGCAAGUUAUGGACAGAAGACCGGGUGAGCUACGAAGGACAGUUCUACAAAAUGGAGAACGCCUUCAUCGAGCCCAAGCCGGUGCAGGAACCGCCGCCCAUCUGGGUCACAAGCAACCCGCGCCUGUCGGUUGGGAAACCCCACAUCAUCGAAAGGUCUUUGCGGCGGGUCGCCAAGAUGGGUGACGGGUGGAUGACUACCGCCAACCCCGCGCCUGAGUUCAAGGAACUAAGAAAGCGCGUCUUGGAAUACGCCGGGGACUAUGACCGCAGCUUCGAAGACCUGCCCUGCUGCCUGUAUUACAACAUCAACAUCAACGAGGACCGGGAAGCCGCCUUCCAGGAGUCCAAAAAGUACUUGGACCAGUACUACUCCAUAAACUACAGCCGGGAGGCGGUGGAGAACUGGGUAGCCCUGGGCAGCCCCGAGCAGUGCAUCGAACAACUUCAGACUUACGUGGAUGCCGGGGCCACCGACAUAUUGCUGCGGUUCCCGUCCUGGGACCAGCAAGGGCAGUUCCGCCGGUGUGUGGAAGAGGUUCUGCCGGCCUUCUCUUAG